UCUGAUUCUCCCUCCGGAAGGCCCUUUAAUUGUACAGUAGCCUGGUGUUUUACUGCUUCCUUCUCCACAGUGGCAUAGAGGACAACUCUCAGUUGUCGAAGCCACAGACGCCAGACUGACACAGAGGAACUGCCCCCUGACAAGAGGAAAUUAAACUUCUCUGAUUCAGUUCAUUUAGAGGACACCUUGGAUCCAUUAGUUUUGAACUUUGUGGCUGGAAUGCAUGAGAGCUCAUUUCUGUGGAGAGUUGCUGUCUCUCUUUAGCAGUUAUCUGGGAUUUUUGGAGCUGUAAUCAUGGGCUUUGGAUUAUGGGUCAUGCUGGAUAAUCAGAGUUUUAUCACGGUUUUACACGAGUCCUCCACAACGCUGAAAGUUGGAGCCUACAUCUUGAUUGGGAUAGGAUCACUGUCCAUGAUAAUAGGUUUCCUGGGCUGCAUCGGUGCCAUUUAUGAGGUCCGCUGCCUUCUUGGACUGUACUUCACCUGUCUCCUCCUCAUCCUCAUUGCCCAGGUGACAGCCGCUGUCCUCAUCUACUUCCAGCGAGACCUGCUGAAACAUGAGAUGUCCACUAUUGUGAACAAAAUUCUGGUGAACUACACCGGUCAUAACAAGACAUCUGAGCACGCCUGGGAUUACCUCCAGAGAACGAUGAAGUGCUGUGGUUGGACUGGACCAUCUAACUGGACGGAGAACAUCUUGAUAAAGAGUGAAAACAAUUCCAAGAAUCUGUAUCCAUGUUCCUGCAGAAAUGUAUCCAUCAGUGGCACGGAUUUGAAAGAAACAGGCCUGUGUGUUACUUUGUCUCCUGAGUGGCCUGUCUUCACUACGGGUUGUAUAUCUAGUGUGGAGGACUGGUUCCUGAGGAACUGUGGAGUCAUUCUCGGGGUCUGUGUUGGAAUAGCAGUGAUUGAGCUUUUAGGGAUGAUCCUAUCCAUGUGCCUGUGCAAGACCGUCCAACAGGAGGAUUACACCAAAGUACCUAAAUACUGAGAGCAGCGCCCCCUUCAGUGACUCAGUGUUACAGCCUCUGCACACCAGCAGAACAACUGGAACAAAACAGACCAGACACCAUCUGGUCACACACACAUACACUUUUUCCACUUCAUUAUCCCCUUUAAACAUUGAAACAUCACCCUGUAUGGGAUCAACAGAUUUUUGAUUGUUGUAUCUCUUUGUUUUAAAGAAACUAGUGUUAUAUAGAUGGAUCUUUUUCUUGUUCGUACUCUGCAGGGUCUGAAUAGCUUUAUAUUUGAUCUCUCACUCUUGCGUAGUUAUACUGUACGCUGACUAGUUUUCAUCGUUAGUUAAAUCUGAGAGCACUUUAGUGAAUAGAGAGUUGGGAAAGAGCUUUUAGCUAAAUAUUUGUAUAAACAGAGGGGAAAAUCUACACCUGUUUUAUCUUUUUUUUUUUUUUUUUUUUUUUUUUGUAUGACAAUUGUGUACUUUCAGUUCACUUAUGUAUAUAUCAAUACUUCAGUGAGGUUUGUUCUUAGUGAAUAACUACUUAUCUUAGUUAUCGCAGCACUUAAUGAUGGCUUUUCCGUGCAUGUUAUUAGCCGGGUUGGGUCACUCAGGGUGGAGGCAGGUGCGGUAUGGGUAAAGAUGGCUGCGGUUGAGGAGUCUAGAAUGGCGUACUGUAGUGCUUCUUGUGGUUUUCAAGCGAGUCGGCCUACAUCGCUCUGUGGAUCAGGGUGUGUAUGUGGAUUUAGGCUGUGCGCGUAUCCCACGGUUCCUUACGCUGUGCUGGUGUGGGUUAAACAGCUGUGCAUGUGUGUCGAUGACAGAUCCUGCUGACUAGCUUCAGCUGUAGGCUGCGGGACCAGAGCAAAAUCCACAGAUGUGACAUCUGUCUUCCUGUUACUGACCCAUUUCAGCUGAACCAAAAGUUGUGUAAGGCUUUGCGUUUCUACUUUUUAAUAUUUUUAUGUUUUUAUUACUUCAUGUGAAGCUGAUGUAAACUGCUUUUUGAAUUAAGCAAGCCUGGUGUUUAAACCCGGCUUAUUUAAUUCGAAGGCGUUUCUGAGGAAUAGUUUUAGUUUUGUCGGUAGUGUUGAGAACAGAAGCAAAAGAAGCUUCCUCUGAGAAGGUAAGAGAAAGGAAUGACCCGGCCGCUGUCUGUAAGGCCAUUUCCAAACACUCUGUUGCUUUUUGACAAAGAAGUCUUUUUGUUUCUUAGAUCAGUCCUUUACAAUAAACUGCCGGUUGUAUUGUAAUGUGAUAGACCUAGAAGAGAGAGAAAUUAGUCAUUUAUCUUUAUGAUUUUAAAGAUUUCUAAGAUUUUUUGGUCAAACGUCUUUUUUUGGUAUCUCAUCUAGAUAUUUAAGAGAUUUUUUUUUUUGUUUGUUUUUUUUUUUUUUUUAACCUGAAAACACACAAACGUUGUAUGGAAGCUUGUGACUUUUUAUCUCACAAUUCUGGCUUUUUUCCUCAGAAUUGCGAGAUAUAAACUUGCAAUUGUGAGAUAUAAAGUCCGAAUUGUGAGAUAUAAACUCGCAAUUAUGAGAAAUAGUCACUUUUUUAUCGCAUUUGCAAGUUCGUCUCAAAAAUGUGACUUUCUUUUCUCAAAACUGCAAGAUUAUAAUCUUUUUUUUUCUCAGAAUUGGACUUUAUAACUCACAAUUGCAAGUUUAUAUCUCACAAUUUUGACUUUAUUUCUCAAAAUUACCAGUUUAUAUCUCACAAUUGCAAGAAAAAUAGUCACAAUUUUUAUUAUUCUGUGGUGGAAACUAGCUUCCAUAACAUUGGGAUAAUUUUGUAAUUCUGAAGUAAAGUGAAGGGCUUUUUCUACUUUCUUGUACAAAAUUGUAUGUUUAACUGGGAAGCCAUGUUUAUGUAGAGUGUUUUACCAGCUGAUUCAGUAGUACAAAACAUGUCUAUGCAAAUAGUUAAGACUUUGAUUAAAAGAAAAUCUUGACACAA